AUGCCUUCGUCACUCUCAAAAACCCGGAAGCAGAUUGCCAAGAAGCGCAACGGCGAGGUCAAUGCGCUCCAUCAAAAGUCGCGAGACUCCCAGCGCCUGCACAAGGCCGGCGUGAGAGACUUGAGGCUGCAGAAGCUGGCCGAGGCGAGGGGCAAAAGGGAACAGCCCAUUGUCGACCGCGUGGCAUUCUUUCAGGAGAAGCUCAAGGAAAAGGACGACAAGGUCGUCGAUGUCGCCACCGCACAGGAGUUUGUGGAAGAAUUCAUCGGCCAGUACGAUGAAGAGUACGACUCCUUGAAAAAGGCGCGGAGGCCGGGCCGGCCAGGCAGCGCGAGAGAAGAUCUGCUCAAGAUGAAGAUUGCGGCCUUGAGAACAGAGUUCAAGAACGGAUUCGUGAUCCCUGAUAUCAUCAAAGAAGAGAACGUCAAGCUGUUGGCGGAGUGGGAGGGCUCCUGGGCGAGACUGACGACACUGCCUUGGAUCAAGGUCUCCAGCGAGGGCAACGUGCGCCAAGCCGACUUUCCAAACAAGGGCAUCAACUAG